AUGUACAAACAGCUCGAUCUAAAUGAUAUUGCCACGACUUUCGCUUCCUGCUCACAAAAAGAAGAUGAUGCAGAUUUUUAUAGUACAAUUUCUCGACGGAACAGGGAUGCUCAGGUCUCGGUAAUAGAUCCUAGACGGUAUCAAAACUGCACGAUAAUGCUCUCAAAGCUAAAACUUACUCAUCGUGAGAUUCGAACAGCUUUACUUGCUAUGGAUGAUAAGGGAAAACUACCGAAAGAUAUGAUCGAACAGAUGCUCAAAUUCGUGCCGAGCAAAGAUGAGAUUACUCUUCUAAAAAAUACAGUUAAUCGUCAUGGAUCACCAUCGGUAUUAGCUCUGGCGGAUCGUUACCUCUAUGAAAUGGCUCAAAUUCCCCGCUUUGAACCCCGUCUCCGCUCAUUGUACAUUAUUCGAACAUUCCAAGAACGUUUUGACUGCCUCAUGCCUCAUAUCCAUAGCGUCAUCAGAGCAUCCUCAGCGUUGUCGCACAGUAAGAAAUUCAAGCAACUGCUUGCUCUGAUCCUUGCAAUCGGAAACUAUCUCAACUACGGAAAACGUAGUGGCAAUGCAUAC